AUAAAAUCAUAUGGGCCAUAUUGACAUAACGCUGACGUCACAUAAUUUUCUUUACAAUGAGCCAAUAAGGAAGCAGCACAUGAAGUCACAGGCCAUCGUUCUCUCUCUUUCAUCCUCAUCGACCCCGUCCAUGGAAGAGGAGGCGUUCGCCGUCGCCACCGCCGCCUCUGCUUGCUUGGACGGCCUCUUUGUCGAGAGCGGCGCAGUCGGAGGCGGAAACGGAGGUCGUCUUCUGAAGGGGCAUCAACCUCCGGAAGAGGUCUCCGGCGAUGCAACAUCGUCGGUGUCCAGCGACGAGCCGCCGUCGGUCAGCGGCGUGGAAUUGGCCGACGACACAGCGAAAAAUAAAAGUAGUAAAAAGGAAAGGAAGCAAACAUGUCGACAACCUAGAGUUGCAUUCAUGACCAAAAGUGAGAUAGAUCACCUUGAAGAUGGAUAUCGAUGGAGGAAAUAUGGGCAAAAAGCCAUUAAGAAUAGCCCAUUCCCAAGAAGUUACUAUCGAUGCACAAAUACUAAAUGCCAAGUGAAGAAAAGAGUGGAGCGGUCGUAUGAAGACCCUAGCAUUGUCAUUACCACAUACGAGGGCCAACAUUGCCACUACACUAUCUCUUACCCUCGUCCUAUCUUCGCCUCACUUCACCUUCACAACGCAAUAACUCAUCAUCAUUUCGAUCCACCAUUGGCCUUAUCAUCGCCUCGCGUGUUUCCCCCAUCAUCGCAAUUCUAUCAUGACAAUCAUUGUUCAGAUCAAGCAAUCGAACAAACCCAAUUCCAUGAAGCUUCAUUGAAUUCGACCUCCAUUGAUGAAGGUCUAUUGGGGGAUAUCGUGCCAUCCACCUUGAGGAAUAGAUGAGCAAAGGAUUACACUUCGAUUAGAAUGAUGACUUCUCGACGCACAACUAUGAACGUCGUAGCCAUUUUUCGUAAGUCUUAAUUUGCCUUGCCCUUCGGAUACUACAAUAAAAUUGGAUAGACUUAUAUGACUUGCAUUGCCAAGAAAGGAUCUUUAGUUCACACAACUAAGUGGCCAGAUUGUCGUCAAAGUCUACUCUAUUUAAGUGUGUGGUUCCGAUAGACACUGUUUGUGAAGAUGAAGAAACAUGUUACACAAAUAGAGAGGGAAGUUGUCGGUUGUGAA